CCGAGUCCGAGUGUAGUGAAGUGUGGUUCGUCGAUAUGCGUCAAGAUGCAGCUUGGUGUGUAAAGGGUUGAGCAAUUUAGAGGUAAUUUUCCUCCCCGAUCGUGUGUUCGCACCGAAAAGGAUCUUCUUAAAUUCAAGGUGAUCACAAUGGAUCGCGAACUGGUGGAGAAGUUCAUCGAGGUGACGGGAGAGAGCGAGGCGACAGCACAGCAGUAUCUGUCGUUAGCUGAUGGCAAUGUAGAGAUGGCAAUUAGUUUAAUGUUUGAAAGUGGUAGACCAUCGGAGAACGAGAAUGUAAAUCCUGAACCACCAGUGAGAGCUCCUAUUUUGCCCACUCAAGAGAUAUUGGUGCCAUCGGAACCAGUGUGUUCAUUCCCACGAAUAUCAAAUAAUGUGUUCGACAGAUUUAGAGAUUUUGCAGUAGAAACUCAACGUCAGGAGGAAGAAAUGACUCGUAGAGUAUCUGGCAUGAAACAUAUCUGUCAGAGAAAAUCAAAACGUUUGGAAGAUCUAUUCCGGCCUCCGUGCAAUAUUCUUUUCCUGGGCUCUUUCAUGGAGGCUCGAGACCAUGCUAAAACCCUGAACCGUUGGUUGCUCGUCAAUGUCCAAAAUCCACAGGAGUUUUCUUGUCAAGUGCUCAACAGAGAUGUCUGGCCGAACCAACAAAUCCAAGAGAUCGUGAAGGAUCACUUUAUCUUGUGGCAAGUGUUGUCCAAUACAUCGGAUGGCAGACGUUACAUAGAUUUCUACAACGUGAUAGAGUAUCCUUACCUGGCAAUCAUAGACCCCAGAACGGGAGAAUGUAUGAGAACCUAUACUAACAUCUCCGUGGACAGUUUGAUUUCCGGCUUGAACGAUAUGUUGAGCACGCACGCGUCUCCGGACAGUGCAUCGCACGAUACGUCCAAUUCUAAAGAUUGGAACAACUUUCCCACAUCGCCGCCGAAGCGAAAUAUCCUAAUUGACCAAACGAAGAACGAUUGCGGACCCAGCAGUAAAACUUCCAGACUUUUCUCAGAAAACAUCACAGAUUUGGACAACGAAAAUGCAGUGUCUGGUAAUGCCAUAAGCUCAAGUGUUCCAAGCAGCAGUAGUAGCGGCAGCGUUAAUAUUAGCGUUAUUAAUAGAAAAAGGAGGCUGGACGACUGUGAGGCUGAUAAAUCUCAGCAAAAGGAGGAAAAGACGAAGUCAGAUACCGCUAAAGCUGGAACAAGCGAUGAACCUUUCCUACGGCUCUGCUUACGGCUGCCGAAUGGCACGAGAGAAACUAUAUCGAUAUGCGCGACAGAGACUAUAGAGGACUUCCUGAUUAAAAUGGAGGAAAUGGGAUUCCCACCAACGGAGCAUACCUACCUGGUGCCAUAUCCGAAAACGAACGUCGGCGCGUUGUCUCCGAACAUCCGUCUGUUAGACACCAUUUUAUUCCCGGCAAAUACAGUGUUCAUAACGAAGAUAUAGUAACAUACCGCGAAACGAACU